AUGCACCCUACCAAGGCACUUGGCUCUGAUAGCAUGUUUGUUGUAUUUUUCCGGUCAUAUUGUCACAUCGUGGAAGAUUCCAUUACAGCUGCAGUGUUAGAUUCUCUCAAUAAUGAUGGCAGAAAUGGGGAAAUUGUUGAUGAAGAACAGAUUGUGGACAAUUUAAUUGAUGCUACUACUAAAACAUGGAAUGCACAGCUGGUUAGAGCUCUCUUUAAUCCAAAUAUAGUAGUGGCGAUCCUUAGGAUUCGAUUGUUACAAACUCAAGAUGUGAUGGAGAAACAUCUUUGCAGAUGCAAGAUAGAUAUAUUGCCUACUCUCACUAAUCUCAAGAGGAAAAAGAUUGUUGUGAAGACUCAAUGUGGUUUCUGCCAUGUCUAUGAGGAAGAUAUUAGUCAUGCUAUGCUCACUUGUUCUUCCAACUAUAGUUUGUGGCAGAAAUUUCUUCCAAUGUUACAAAAUUUUCAAUCCUCUUUGACUUUUAUUGAUACUGUGAGAAUGGUUAUGAUGCAAGGAAGUGAAGCUAAGUUAACCAUGUUUUCUAUUCUGUGCUGGAGUUUAUGGUAUAGGCGAAAUCAGUUGCAGAUGGGAAAUAAUUUGAUACAACAUGUCCAAGCUGCUAAACAUGCUUUAUCAAUUUGCAAAACUUUCAAUGAUGUGCAAAUAACAACUACAAAGGAUUUGCUUAAGGUUUCUAAAUGGCAAGCUCCACCAGAUGGGUAUCUCAAAAUAAAUGUAAAUGGUACAAUUUUUGCUAACUUGAGGAAAGCUGGAGUUGGGAUAGUCCUAUGGGAUAUGAGUGGAAGAAUUGUGAUAGCUGCAAGCAAGAAUGAAGAUGAAGUGGAUGAGGCAGCCAUUAUUGAAUCCAUUGCUAUAUUAAGGGGACUUCAGCUAUGCCUCCCACUUGGUAUUCCGAAUUUUGUCAUUAAAUGUGAUUGUCUUAAUGUGGUUCAUGAGCUUCAGUCAACAGAAGAGUCAUUUGCAAGUGCUGGUAAUUUGAUCAAUGAACCCAAGAAUUUAAUGAGGCGUUUCCAGCAAGUUCGAGUUCAACAUACAACAGGAUAG